CUUGUCGUUCACUCCAACCCAGACUUUCCCAGAAUUUUUUGUGUGUGUGUAACUUCCUGUAAAGGAACAACCCACAGGAUUCAAUAUAACAGUCACUGCUGUAACCUGACCUCAAAGGCAGACUCUCCAACAGCAGAAACACUCUAUCCAGGGACAUGUUUUGGAUUUUGGCCCUCGUUCUACCGUUGGUGAAUGCUGGAUUAUACCGGUAUAAUGGCACGCUGGACUAUGAGUGGGAGCUCUUUAAGAAAACUUACCUGAAGCAAUACAACAGCCAGACAGAUGAAGUUUUUCGACGUCUCGUCUGGGAGAAAAAUCUGAACUUGAUCAAAACCCAUAAUAUGGAGUAUGAACAGGGGCUUCACACUUAUGAUCUGGGCAUGAACCAUCUAGGAGAUAUGACAAGAGACGAAUUUGUGAAACUAAUGACUGGACUCAAGGUCCCUGCAUGGACACAGCCGGCCAACUUCAGUAUCGAUGAAGACAUUGGUCUUGAUGGACUUCCUAAAGCUAUUGAUUAUCGAAAGAAAGGCUACGUCACUCCAAUCAGAAACCAGGGUAGCUGUGGUUCGUGCUGGGCUUUCAGUUCUGUAGGGUCUCUCGAGGGGCAAUUGAUGAAAAAAACAGGAAAACUAGUGGAGCUCAGUCCUCAGAACCUGGUGGACUGUGUUAAAAAGAAUGAUGGGUGUGGAGGAGGAUACAUGACCAACGCAUUUGAGUAUGUCAAGGACAAUAACGGCAUUGACUCUGAGGAAGCGUAUCCAUACAUUGGAGAGGACGAAGAAUGUCAAUACACCCCAUCUGGCAGGGCCGCCACUUGCACAGGUUACAAGGAGGUUAAGAAAGGCAGUGAACAAGCACUGAUGAAGGCCGUGGUAAAAGUAGGACCUAUUUCAGUUGGCAUCGAUGCAGGCCUUUCAAGCUUCCAAUUCUACACCAAAGGUAUAUACUACGAUGCGCAGUGUAAUGCGGAAGAGAUCAAUCAUGCGGUCCUCGUGGUGGGAUACGGUGUCCAAAAAUCAGCCAAAUAUUGGAUUGUUAAAAACAGUUGGGGAGAGGAAUGGGGAAACAAGGGUUACAUCCUAAUGGCAAAAGACAAGGGCAAUGCGUGUGGAAUUGCAAACCUAGCCAGCUACCCCAUAAUGUGAUGACCAUGUGCGCCAAGCUGGGAGUCUGCUCUGACUGUGGAUCAAUCGAAGCCUGCCUUAGCGACUGCGCGGCCCCUGUUCAGUUCACACUGAAAUCUUAUCUAUAUAUUUUUUAUAAUUUUUUAUGUGUUUUUUAAUGCAUAUCACAGAGAUGAUCAUAAAAUGAAUACCAGGUGUAAUUUUCGAAAUGUUUGGCAAUUCUAAGGGCUGAGCGAAGACUUGCUCAUUUCCCAUCCCAAUGUAACAAAGGUUAAAAUUUGUGAAAUAAAAAGAAAAAGGAGGUCUGGUAGAAAUAGCAGCUGCUACGAGGAAGAUUUCAAAAUACUGUGAUAAAAGAAAAAAAUUAACAUUUUAGAGGGCGAGAGAGGGAGCAUUC